AUGUGCAUUGAGGAACAUGAGGAGAAAAUCAAAUCUGAAUACCAUUUUUCAGCCUUGGUUCAUCAGUCAGAGGAGAUACAGAUCUCCAUUUUCUACGUCACAGGCGGACCUUCUUUCGAGCUCUCUAUUCAAUCGGCGUCAGGGGACGUGGAAGAGCACCGCGUCUUCUACAAGAACUUUACUGGACAUUGUCUCUCUUUCGGUGCCGAAACUGUAAUCAUCGUGGAGAACACUGCACGUCGAGUGGAGGUUCAUUUUCGGCAUUGCAACUCCUUCGAAGCAGGAGCCGGAGACUUUUGGCCUCGUGCCAUCAAGACAAUGGCUGCGUUUGGUGUUCUCUCGUUGACACCAGACAUAGACGCCGAGAGGCAAUUGCGUCAGGAGCGCAUUGAGACCUUGGUGUUUCUUACUUGGGUUGUCAAGGCUAGCUUACCAUUGUGUAUGCUCAACGACAUUGGGGUGUAUUGUACAUUCCCCGAGGAUGAAUUUGGAGACGCAAAAGCGAGAUACGAACAGAAUGGUAGUGUUCCAUCUGAAUGGUACUCUGCUGGUGGAUCCCCUGGUCUCCGUUGCACGUUGUUCAGACCAUCAUUCGGCAUGUCUGCUUCGACUGGGCUCAGCCAGACUGCGCGUCUCUACUUUCCUGAGACUGAGACAGCGCACAAGAUCUUCAAUCCCUUCGAGCCCGCUCAAAUCAUGGACCACCAGCGCUGGAGUGAGUCCGAAGCGGCCAAGUGCAACAACAGCAACGUCCUUUCUCCGAUAGAGACAUGCUACCGCUUCCAGAAACGCUACUUGGAACAACAAGAAUAUGGUGCUUUCAUUCUAAACUACAGACACGGCGGCGUCUUGGUCUUGGAACAUGCCCAGCCUACUCUGAACUUCGUGGCUCCUGAUGAUAUGGGUCCAUUGCUCGGCCACCUAGCAGGCACCGAGUUGCGAUGCUGA